CUCUCUCUCCCUGGCCAGUCCUCUCCAUCCACUGAAAAGCUCUUGACUUUGCGCAUGUACGGCCAAACUGAACAUUGCAUCGACUCCAAGAUGGCGUUAACACGUCUGGCUUGCAUUCUGGUCCUCCUCUCAACUCACUGUUACUUCAACGUGUUGGCAGUGAUUCUGAGAACAACGAAUGAUGCGCCAUGGGCCAACGAGUUUGAAUCUAUCGAAUUGUCCUGUUUGAUAGAGUCCAUCUCCACAAACGACCCCAGAAUCGAAUGGAAGAAAAUUAAGGAUGGGGAGCCCAGUUAUGUCUACUUUGAGAAGAAGAUCUCAGGAGAUUUGGAGGGCAGAGCAAGGAUCAGAGAGCCUGCAACAUUAGUGAUAACCAAUGCCACAAGAUCAGACUCAGCCAGUUAUCGUUGCGAGGUCACCGCCCCAAUUGACCAGAAAACCUUUGAUGAGAUUUUGAUCAACCUUGUCGUAAGAGUGAAGCCAGUGGUGCCGAAAUGUGCUGUCCCCAAAUCGGUGCCCGUGGGGAAGGCGGCGGAGCUGCGCUGCGUGGAGGACGAAGGUUUCCCCAAGUCUCAAUACCAGUGGUUCCGCAACAAGGAGGAGAUCCCCGAUGACCCCAAGACCAGCCCCAAGUUCUUCAACUCCUCCUACACGCUCAACGCCGAAACUGGAACCCUGAAAUUCAGUGCUGUCAGAAAGGACGACUCAGGAGAGUACUUCUGCCGAGCAAAGAACGACGCGGGUCACUCAGAAUGUGUACCGCAGACGAUGGAAGUCUAUAACAUCAAUAUUGCCGGGAUCAUCCUGGGAGUGCUGGUGGUGGUGGUGGUGCUAUUGUGUAUAACAGUGGGCAUCUGCUGUGCGUACAAGCGAGGCUACUUCGUCAGCCAGAAACAGACAGGAAACAAUUACAAAGCCCCAGCGAAAGGAGACGGAGUGGACUACGUCAGGACAGAGGACGAGGGCGACUUCCGACACAAAUCUUCAUUUGUCAUCUGAAGAGGAAGGGCAUGGAAGGGAAAGGUGUGAUACUUUGGACUGAACUCACUAAGUGUGUGAGAUGACCAGUGAGCUGCCACAGUAUGUGCCUUGAGCUCUCUGCACGUCUGAAACGAUUCAAGUUUGCCAAAGGUGACAAGUUUUCACAAAUCUAUAUAGAACUAUUAACCAUCGUUACAGACACAGAUAAGUAUUGAAACCCGCUUGUUGACCUUUUUAUCACCAAACAACUUAUUUUGCUAAAUUAUGGAGAUUUUUACGUUAAAGUUAUAGCAUGUUUCAAUAAGGUUUUUAACACUAUCUGCUGGGGAAAAGCAUUUAUGUAAGAUGUUCUGCCAGGAGGGGAAAAACAUCUAGCUAAGUUCUGAAGUAAAUCUAACAUGACAUAUUUCUACUUUAAACAUGUGCUUCAAACCUUUGUCAUUUAUAUAACUUUUUUUUCUACCAGCAAAAUUUGUCAGACUAUUUUUGAUGGAAUAUAUUUUGAAAUGCCUAUAGAUAAAGGUUUACUUUUUUAAAUAUUUGUAAAAUACUAGCAUACUUUUUUAUUUGGUUGUGGGAAAAAUAAGUUUCAACCACUCAGUAUUCAGCUGUAAAAUUUCACCUUUCCUACCCCCCCAAAAAAACACAAUCACAAAAUGACUUGUUUUACCAUAAAGGUUUGGUUCUAGAACGGUCUUACAUAUUUUAAUUUCUGUUGGGAUUUCCAUGUUAAUAUUGAAAGUUAAAUGUUUGUAGAUAGUGUCUUGGACAGUAAAAGGCUUCAAUGAGUACCAGCCAAAAGCUGGGAAAUACUGUACACAAUCAGUGCUGCAUAUAUCCUUGAUUUUAAGUGUCCUUCUAUGCUUGAGUUUAUCUUGUAUAUAUUGAAUAUAUUGUCAUUUUUUGUUGUUGCUGUAUGUCAGGAAUACAUUGAGUAUUUGUAAUACAGGGUUUAUGUUGGCUAAAAAUUGUAUAUAGAUAACUGUUUGUAUGUGUGUGUGUGUCCCCAAGGAGGCAAUAUGAAACUCUUCCCAUGGUUUGAAAAAUACAUGGUCAUGGUAGAGACGAUCUGCCUAAUGUUUGCACAUAGGACAUUUUACAUUGAACAAGCUUCUCUACACCAGGCAAAAAACGUAGAAUUUCAAAUUCAAGUAAACGACCUAAGACAUUGUAUUUGACGUUUUCCCAAAUGAAUUUAUAUCCAAGAGUUACAAAACAUUACAAGAUAGAGUAAUUGCCUGUAGCUAGUAGAAACCAAUUAAUGCAGAUGCAAAACAUUUUUUACAAAACAGGUACUUAAGGUUUUCAUUUGUACUUUGAUAAAGAUCAUUCCUCUUAAGUGCCUUCUGCCAUUACAACAGUAGAUCAGCUUCAUGCCAUCUAACACAUUUUAACAUUUUAUUUUAAAGGGAUUUCUCAAUCACAAUACUGCAAAAUGCACAAAAACCUGAAUUGCAUGUUUAAUACUCCACGAACGGCGUUUGAGAGGAAUGAUGACAUUGACAAGAAUAAUGGAACAUUUUCCCACCCAAAUCAUUUUUACAUAUCUGCUUUGUUUUGUAAAUAGAUUAUUUUCUUUUAGCAUUGUUUUAAAGGAUUACACUUUUUUUCCAUUGGAGUAGAAAUAGAGAUUUAUUAUGCAAUAGUGCCUAAAUAGUGGGAAUUCUUUUUGGUAGAGUAAAGACACAAAUAGAAGAAAAUAUACACAAAGUUUGUUAACAGAUUAAAAAGAUGGAGAAACAAAAGCAUGCCGCCUACAUUUACCAUAAAGGCCAGAAAACACCGGCAACUUCCAAGGCAUUGAAAAUAAGAUAUUUUUUUAUUAAACAGCCCUCUUCAAAACCGGCAAUAUGUAGUUUUAAAUACACAGUGAAAGAGAUUCCAAUACAUGUUCUAUGGUUGGGGCUAGCUAAGCCAAAUACUGACUGCCAAUCACGCUUUUCCUCCAAUCCAAGGUUGAUGAGGUUCAAGCUAUCCAGUGUUGAUAAUCUGCCUCGAAUUUCUCCAAUACUUGAGGUUGGCGUUGAAAUCAUGUGAAGGUUCAAGCGUUUCAAGUGUUCACACGCUUAUUUGAUUGAGAACAUGAUUUUUCUGAACCAAACUAAUGUAACACCCAUCUCGGGCCUGGUACAAAUCCUCUGAGAAUUCUUGAACCGUAUGUUAAUGAUUAAUAAAACUCACUUCUAAUAUUCUGA